AUGAAUAUUCAAUCUCUUUUUGACGUGAAGGGCAAAGUUGUGUUAGUUACGGGUGGGUCGCGUGGCAUCGGUUUACUUAUCGCACGAGGAUACGUCGAGAACGGGGCAAAAGUCUACGUUUCUUCGCGAUCAGAGAAAGUGUGUGAUCAAGUAGCAAAAGAAUUAACAAAACUAGGUCCGGGAGAAGCAAUCAGUAUUCCAGCAGACCUACAAAAACUUUCCGAAGUAAAACGACUAGGAUCGGAACUAAAAAAACGCGAAGAAAGCGAGUGUAUUUUACUACUUAAAAAAAAAUUUAUCUCAUUUCCCUUACACGUGUUAAUCAAUAAUGCUGGUGCCGCCUGGGGUGCUAAAUUUGACGAGUAUCCGGAUGAAGCUUUCGAAAAAGUCAUCAAUUUGAAUUUAAAACGCGUAUUCAGUCUAACACAAGAAUUAGUCCCACUACUCGAAAAGUCCGCAACACCAUUAGACCCUGCACGCGUAAUCAACAUUGGAUCCAUAGAUGGACUCAGAGUUUCGACAAAUGAAUCUUACGCCUAUGCCGCAUCAAAAGCAGCGCUACACCACUUGACACGCGUAAUGGCCGGUCAACUCACCUCUUCUCGACUAAUAACAUUCAACGUAAUCGCUCCAGGACCAUUCGAAUCAAAAAUGAUGGCGCACACACUGAGAACAAGGGGCGAGGUUAUUAAGGACAGUAAUCCGUUAAAGAGGAUCGGGUCACCCGAGGAUAUUGUUGGCACUUGUAUUUAUUUGUCGUCGCGUGCUGGGGCGUAUACUAAUGGCGCUUUGAUUGUGGUGGAUGGUGGAACUCUUGUGAAUCCGUAUUCAAAGAUUUGA